UGUCAUAAUAAAAUGAGGUGGGUGUGGCUAUAAAGAUGGUGGUGCAGCAACAAUAAAAACUCUCCUUUUCUUCUUCCUGUGUCAAACAUUAUCAUCACCCCCAAAACACGCAGCAAAACACACACAGUUCAGAAAAAGAAUAGGAAUGGGGAACUGCCAAGCUGUUGAUAAUGCAACCCUAGUUAUCCAACACCCAAACGGCAGAGUUGAUAAGCAUUUUUUCCCCGUCUCCGCCGCAGAAAUCAUGAAGAUGAACCCCGGCCACUACGUCGCCCUCCUCCUCACCACCACCCUCUACUCCUCCAACACUAGUAGUAGUACCCAGCCUCUUCGUGUCACGCGCAUCAAACUUCUUAGGCAUACCGAUUCUCUCCUUCUUGGCCAUGUUUACCGCCUUCUCACCUCCCAAGAGGUGAUGAAGGGAUUAUUGGCAAAAAAGCAAGCCAAGAUGCACCAGAAAAAUGGAAAUGUUGCAGAAAUAAAUACUAAUAUUUCAGAUUGUGAAGCGUUGGGAAGGAAAAAAGAUGAUGUGAACAAGAAUACGAGUACUAAUAAUCAGGAAAGGCACAGGUCGAGAAGUAACACACAAGUUAACUCUGUGGCAUCCAAAUCCAGAGCAUGGCACCCAGCACUAAUGAGCAUCUCUGAGGCUGGAAGAUGAUUCUUCUUUUCUUUUAUUUUAUUUAGUUAUUUAUCUUUUCUGAGCAUGUAUUAAUUAGAUCGAGAUUUCUGCAAAGUCCUUAGUAUAGAAAAAAAUUGUGAAAAGGGCAUCUCAAUCUGAAAAGGCAGAGAUCCAGAUGAGAACAUGUUCUGUGUUAUGCAAACACUCAAAAUUGAACAUUAUUAUUAGCUAAA